GCCACGGCCUCUUAGACUUAAGCCCCGCGCAGAGUCCUUGCCCAAGCUGACUUCGCUGUCACCUCCCAGACGACCGCACUUCCCGCCCUCGCCUAGAUCCGUGCCACCCUAGCAGCCGCUGUCGCCCGCGCACCGCUCCCUCCCUCCGCGCAUUCCUUGCUGGGCUCCUGGCUGUCGCCUUCUUUGCUGACAACCCAUCCCAGACUCGGUAGGCUCACCGCCCAGCGGUCGCCCCAGCCUCUUGGCACUUGAGACCCUGCGCUCCAGCUUACGCGGAGACGCUGCCAUUCCCGCCGUUGCCGCCGCUGCAGCCAACACUGGUGCCACGCGCCGCCGCCUUUGCCGUGCCGCUGCCACAACCUCAGCUGUCUGCCCGCCUGCCACCAUGGCCCCACAGCAAACAGGUAGCAGGAAAAGGAAAGCGUCCGCGCUCGAGGCUGGAGCGGGGAGCUCGUCGUCCCAGGGCUUAAUGUCGGCGGGGCACGGAGAGGGGCCGCUGCUGCCCAAGAAGCAGAAGCGGCCAGCCACACUUCGAUCGCUGGUGCACUACCUAAAGGGCCGCACGGUGGGCGCGUGGGGUCGCGCCUGGCUCCCGGGCUUCGAGGGCAAGCUACGUGACUACGCGGUGCAGAGGCUUCCCGAGCUACUGACUGAGCGCCUGCUGGCACUGGGCACCCUCAACAAGGUUUUCGCUUCUCAGUGGCUGAACGCCACGCAGGUGGUGUGUGGCACUAAGUGUAACACGCUUUUUGUGGUGGACGUGCAGUCUGGCCAAAUCAAUCGCAUCCCCCUGAUGCGGGACCGGAUGCCUGCCCUGACCCGGGAUCAGCCAACCUGCGGCAUCCAUGCCAUUGAAUUAAAUCCCUCCAAGACACUUCUGGCCACCGGGGGCGAAAAUCCCAACAGUCUGGCUGUCUACCAGCUGCCCACCUUGGACCCCGUUUGCCUGGGUGACCGCCAUGGGCACAGGGAUUGGAUCUUUGCCAUUGCCUGGAUGAGUGACACCGUGGCUGUGAGUGGCUCCCGUGAUGGCACCAUGGCAUUGUGGCGCGUGGACCCUGACAAGUUUAUUGGCAGCAGUACCUGGCACAACGAUGCGUCUCUUCCCUUGUACACCCACAUUCAUCCAAAGGACAUAGAGUCCAUCCCCAGGGCCAGCAGCAACCCCAGUAACCGCAAAGUGCGAGCCCUGGCCUUCAGCGGCAAGAACCAGGAACUGGGAGCAGUGUCCCUGGAUGGCUAUUUCCACCUGUGGAAAGCACGAAGCCACCUAUCCAGGCUGCUGUCUAUCAGGCUGCCCUACUGCCGAGAAAACGUGUGCCUGACCUACUGUGAUGAAUUGUCCCUGUACGCGGUGGGCUCCCAGUCUCACGUCUCCUUCCUGGAUCCCCGCCAUCGCCAGCAGAACAUUCGGCCCUUGUGCUCCAGAGAGGGCGGUACAGGUGUGCGCUCCUUGAGCUUCUACCAGCACAUAGUCACUGUGGGCACAGGCCAUGGCUCCCUACUCUUCUAUGACAUCCGUGCCCAGAAGUUCCUGGAAGAGAGGGCCUCAGCCAGCCUGGACUCUUUUCUGGGACCCACAGGGAGGAAGCUCAAACUCACCUGUGGCAGAGGCUGGCUCAACCGUGAUGAACUCUGGGUGAAUUACUUUGGUGGUGUGGAGGAGUUCCCCAAUGCCCUCUACACUCACUGCUACAACUGGCCUGAGAUGAAGCUUUUUGUAGCUGGGGGACCUCUCCCUUCAGGCCUCCAUGGGCAUUAUGCAGGCCUCUGGAGUUAAGAAUGGUCACCUUGUCCUGAAAAUGGGCAUAUGUACAUUUGAGCUCUGUUUAAUUUUCUUAAUUUUGUAUUUGUCCUGGUAACUCUACCCUUUGUCUUCCAGGUGGACCUGAAUUAACUUACCUGUGCUUUGUGCAUUAGACAGAGAGAAAGAAAGAGCACAAAAUUGGUGGUUUGGGCACUCAAAUUUUGGCUUUAAGACUUUUCUGCACCUUGCCUAAAGCAUUACUUUCUGCUUUCUCAUACAAGGCUAAACUUUGUUUUCUUUUGCUGAGUGAUUUACAUAUUUUUCUUUAGGCUAAUGUAGUCAUUACUCUCAAUACCAUUUGGUACAUUAGUUUUACCAGUAUUUCCAUAACAUAUUCAGACCUUUACACAUUUUCAGAUGUAUAGUAUUUUGGGAAAAUGUGCGUUAAAAAUGUGUCUUUUGGCUGGGCUGAAGAUAUAGACUUACUCCAAUUGGAAAAUGCAGCUGAAGUUCUAGAUUGCCACCAUUGUGAGCAUAUUUUAUUGGGAUGUUGUUAACUCAGUAUUUGUUGAUUGUAUUUCAUUGGUGCAUAAAAUGAUUUUUAAAAAUGUAUUAUCUUAGUUAAGGAAUAUUACAAUACUGUUUGGUAUUAGUCAAAAAUUUUGAUUAUUCAGUAAAAGUUGAGCAUCACCACCCCAAACCCUCAGACUUCAUUAAAGCUGCUUUCUGUUUACCUUCCUGGGUGGCAUUUAUGCUAUGGCUUUUCAGAGCUACUCAAAACUGGCUUAUGUGUGGCAGAACAAUCAGGUAUUUUAAAAGAUAAACAUUUUGUAGUAUUCAGUUAACACCAUCAAGGUAGCCAUUUACAGUGAAAGACCAGAAGAUGUGCUCAAGAGUAGAUGUUUACAUUUUUGUGUUAAGUACAUGGAUAAUUCUUUGGUCUGAAUCAAUUAUGAGUAUGUGAUGUAUUGCAAAAAAAAAAACCAAAUAAAAUGUGUUCAGCAUCUUAGUAACUAUGUGUGACUUAAAUUUUUGAAUGGUUAAAUGUACACUUUUUGAAUUUCCUACUAGGAAUGUAUUUACCAGAGUCAAAAUUUUCCAAGAGAAAAGCUGAAGCUUGAACAUCAGCUCUGCAUACAUUAUUUUGUACAUUUGGUUUUGAAAAAGAAACAUGUUUAUAAGUUAAAAGAUUAAAUAAUAUUUUGAAUAAUUAAUACAGUUGGUAUAAUUUAGGAUGGCUAGGUGCAUUUUUAUUUACACUAAAGUAUGUGUACUUUUAAGUACUUAUAUAUAUGUUUACUUCCAAUGUAAGUAGGAGGCAUAAAUGUAUACCAUUUUACAUAUGAAGCUGUUUCUCAUGUUUUGAAGUACAUCUAUCAAGUCUUACAAUUUUGGUUUUUAUUUGUGUUUUUUUAAUAUCAAUUUAAAAUGGUGUAUGCACAUGAUCAAAAUAUCAUAAUGUAUAAAAAAUGCACAAUAAAAAUCAAGUGUCACAA